ACGACGAAAGUCGGUGAUUUGCAAGAAGGACAUGGCCAUCUAGAUGUCAUUGGAGCGACGACGGAAGUAGGCGACAUAGAAGUAGAAGAGGAAAGUGUGCGUGCCUCUACUUCUGGUUUUGAUGGUGAUUCGUCGAAAAUUCUGAGUAAAGAAAUGGAAUUAGAAGGAGAAGAACAUCCUGUUUUCGCUGAUUCCUUCGCUAAUGAAAGGCAACAAAGAGAUUUUUUCACUGGAAAAACUAGUAUUUCCUCAAGAAGAAGAACAACUACGAACACAUCACCGAGAACGCCUUCGUCUUCCACUGUACCCACUACAUCAGAUGAAGAAAGACAAGGAACAACAACCAAAAAGGCACCGUUAUCGAUGAUAAGACGCGAUCGCGCAGCUUCUGCCGCAGUUUACGAACAACAGGUUGGGCGAAGUCUGCCUUUCGUGUGGUUUCUAAACGCUAAAUGGAGUGAGGAAUUAUCGGAUAAGGUGGCUGGCAUGACGUUAGAAUGGUUUGCAAUACGAGUGGAGGAAGAAGACGGUACUGAACAUAUAAAGAGAGGCGAAAAAACUACUCGUGGCGAUAAGGAUAACAAAAUAUCAAAGGUGGAGGAGGAAGUUGUUGAUUUAGAAAGCGUAGUCAGGAGUGCCUCUGGCAGCACAAGUCCUAGCACUACUUCAAGCCCUGCUUCCGAUAAAGUGAGGAUUCAUCUGGAGUCGGUAGAGUACGAGAGUGCUGAUAUAGAGAAUGAUCCUGAACCCGACUUAGUGAAGAUCAGCAUACAAUCAGCACAAUCAGCUUCAUCAAAAACCGAAACGCAACAAUCCUCUACUAGGAGUUCUACUAGUAGAAGCAUUUUUGCAGUAGAUUUCGCAGAGCGUCUCUUAUCAAAAAUCCUAGAGCAGACUUGGCUACCACCAAAACUAGCGAGCGAAGCCGGUCCUGGUAGCACAGAAUUUAUGGUUGACCAGACGCGUGGACGAAAGAACAACAUCGUAUAUCACACCUGUGAUAAAGAUAAUAUUAAAACCUCUACUGGAACUGGUGCUUCUACAUCUACAUCAACUUCUGCAGAAGCUAAAGGAAAUCCUCAUUCCUCCUGCGACGUCUGGAUCAACCUACAAGCUUUACGAUUGGAGCACUCCCAUUGGCGCAAAGCUCAACGUGCAGAGAUGCUAGAACUAGCGGAGAAAAAGUCUAGGCCUGGAGCUUUCGAAUUUUAAGGCUAGUUUGUCACUCUCCCAUAUGAACUAUGCCGAGUGGGGUCCUCUGGCUUUGUUAUUGUCUUAGAGGGGGAAGCACGCAGUUACAGGGAGAAAGGGGAACCCACUCAAGGAGGCGUAGUGAAAAACUAGCGCUAAGAAUUCAAUUCGGCGAUUGCUCCACCUGGUAGCGGGCCUCCUGUGCCUGCUUCGAGUAUUUCUGCAGCUCGGGAGGCCAACAACAUAUCACCUACACCUCCUUCUCAAUCAACGACACUAUCGUCGACGAUAUCGCCUCUUGACGAAGCCAGAUUGCUUGGUCCACCCCCAAAGAGUUUCGAACUAGUGCCCAGUUUGAUGCAGCUGUGUUGGCAAGGUUGCAGUGAACUAGCGAUGGGGAACGGUAGGAAUUCUUGCCGUUGCCUGCACGUCGAUGAAGUGGAUUUGGAGGUGGAGGAGAGUGUCGAAAGCAAGAAAAUGGGAGAGAAAGGGGUUCCUUUGUCAGCAACACGAAAGCGAAAGACACGACCUUCUAAGAAAAUCCGUAGCUGUAGUCUAUUCAAUCGCUGUCGUGGUGCUAGGCCGUGUUUUAGUAGUGCGAAUAAAAAAAGUGAAGUAGAGACGACCACUGGUGAAACCAACGAGCAGACAGGAGUAGAAGACGAAAAACCUCCUCCACAACAAGAGGUCUCCGUUCGUGAGCUAGCACUAUCUUCCCUGCGCAGCACCGACGUUUCCACGCUAAAUCCUGAAGAUUAUGCACAUUUAGCAUCAGAUGCGGAAAAAGCGGAGUUGCUAAGCAUUUUCGGUCGAAACCCAUUACAGGGCUUCGGAAAUGUCAGGCCUCAUAGUUAAGGCUAGUUUUUCGCUAUCCCAUUUGAACUAUGGAUGCUGAGUGGAGUCCCCCUUGAUUUAAAGGGGAAUGGAGCGGGGAAAAGGGGAACUCACUCAACCGGGCAGAGUGAAAAACGAGCUCUAACAUAAGGAUACAGCACACUUUGUGCGCUGUGCAACUGCGGAAUUCGGUGAUACGGUUCUCGCAUGGCCGAAAAAGGAAUUGCAGGGGUAAGGCAGAGGGUAUCUUUCGUAAGUAUCACAACAGGUAGACAUGAACAGCUACAAACGAGGUUCCAUGCCAUGCCAUGCUUUUCUUGACUGAUAGGGACUCAUCUUUUCGGGAUCAUAAUUUUAGACUCAAAACUACGAUUGGAAUCAAGACUAAAAAAUACCGACUCAACUCGUCUCGAUUACGCUCACGGUUGCAUUUAUGAAUGCAGAAAACAAUCGACUUCGUCUUAAAUCACUGAAAUUUGUCUGGGUUGCGGUCUUGUGUUUUUACAC